AUGCGGUACAGCUUCAAGGAGGUUGCGAAGAAAGAGACGGGAGAUCUCUGCCGCGCGUUGGCAGCUACCAAUGCCACAGGUAGUGACGCGAUAAAGAUGUACAUGCAGCUUGCCCACGCGGAGAUGCGAGCGCUGCCUAAGCAGCGAAGGCUGCUUGAGCGACUUAUGUUGCAGUCAAAGGAGGAGCGCCGUGCGGCUGCAAGUGAACGGCGACAGUUGGCGCUGCGACGCCGUGAGGAGUUGCUUAUAAAACUGCGGCAGUUUGACGAGGACGGGGACGCGGAGGAUGCACAGAAGAUCUUAAAGGACAGACGUGCAAGACGAUGGGCCGCAGUCUACGGUGAGCUUGCAUUGCGGCGAGAACAACUUACCCAUGUGCUGUCGUGCGUCACCACGGCAGUGCAUGUGGCGAACUUUACAGAUGCGGUAGACUCUUGGGUCUCGUUUGAAAGCGCCGUACACCGUGCACUCGCUUCCUUGGACGAGGCCAAGCACGCUGAAGUCCCUGCACUUGCCACUCAGCCUCUGUACACCCAACUGGAGCAGGUGAGUAAGAUGCAGCCACGGGUCACUGCUCUGUUGAACCAUGAGCGCCACCAACAAUCGCUCUUGCGGGAGAGCACCGCGGAGCUGUUUAGAGAUCAGGAAAGGCUCCUAUCGUGGUGUGUCGAGCAGCAGGAGACUUUGUGCACUCUGAAGAACCUGGAGGAGAUUCAAGAGUUUUCUGCCUCAUUUAUGUCAAAUGCGGCGGUGAUGGACACGAACUUCCUCGUCCUCCUGGAGCGCAGCACUCACCUUGUGUCAAACCGGGCCGUUCGUGAGGCGCUUGUGGUGGUGAACCGCGCCUGGAUGGAACUUGCCAUUGCCGUGUACGACACGAUGCAGCAUGCUCUUAAGAAGGAGCAUGCCGACUCCGGCGUCGAGGCAGGCUGCAGGUGGUGGGUGGACGCAUUUGAGCCCCGCCUUCAGCGCACACUCAUUGAGGCAGGCGAUAUCGCAAGCCAUGCGGAGAUGCAGUCGGAGCCGCUGAUGCAGGCCAUCUAUGCGCGAAGUGUGGCGCUGCUGCGGGAUUUGGCGUCACCUCGCAUUAUUGCCCUUCACAUAUCCAACUUUACGGAGCGUAUGGAUUCCGUUGCGCCACACGAGGAGGCGCUGCGUGAGGCGCUGCUUAUGCGGCUCUCUCUGCUCACUCAGACACUUGUUGGUGACUUCAAGUAUCCCGGGCACCGCGAAUACGCUGAUCGCUUACGUGAGGUUUCUGACUGGGUAGAUGCCGAGGCGAAGGGCGUUGUCUACACACAACUGAUGAGACGCGUGGAGAGGUUACGAUCCAUGGUAGAGGCGGAGUUGCGUCUGCUAAUGGAGGGCAAAACCGCCAAGAUGGUCCAGUCGUAA